AUGGUCCCGAUUGCACUGAGCUCUCCAGCCACUGGGCCACCCAGAGUGGUUGGUCCUGCAACAAAGACGGCGACGCGUCCUGCCGAUGCUCUGCCCCAGUGGUUGGUGGACAGCUCUCAAAUCGACGACCGAGAGCCUUUCGAUGCCAAGAAGCAUCUAAGCUUUCAAUCCCCCAGCAGGAUCUACACAAUGAAGGAGAUUGGGCUCGAGGGCCAGGGAAUUUCGCCGCAUGCCGUGUCCGAACCAUUCUCGCUCUUCACCGAAGAAGCCGUGCGGCAAAUGAGAGCCGAGAUCUUCAGCCCAGACGUUCUCGAUCAUUGUCGAUUUGCAUCCACCUUUAACCAAAACAUGAUCCGAGGAAUGGGUCCUGUGAGGGCCCCAUUUACGUACGAUGCGUGGAACUCGCCGGAGCUGCUGGCCAAAAUCUCCCAGGUAGCCGGACUCGAUUUGGUGCCGGUUUUUGAUCACGACAUCGCCAACAUCAACAUUUCGGUUGGUGGCGGAGGCGACCAAUUGACGCCGCCUCGGAACGAGCCGCUGGACGACGAUCUGUCGAGCGUGGCGUGGCACUACGACAGCUUUCCUUUCGUUUGCGUGACCAUGAUCUCCAACUGUGAGGGCAUGGUGGGAGGUGAGACGGCGCUGCGAACGGGGACGGGGGAAGUGAUGAAAGUACGUGGGCCAGCUAUGGGGACCGCUGUGGUGAUGCAGGGAAGAUAUAUCGAGCAUCAGGCGCUCAAAGCGCUGGGAGGUCGUGAACGGAUCAGCAUGGUCACUGCAUUCCGACCCAAGUCGCCAUUUGUCAAGGACGAGUCGAUCCUAACGGGUGUCCGGGGUAUUAGUGUCCUGUCAGAUCUCUAUAGCCAGUAUACGGAAUACCGCUUGGAUAUCUUGGAGGAGCGCGUCCGUGCUCGCCAGAAAUUCGAACGCCAGCGUCAAGUAGCCAAGCGCCAAUUCGAUACCGCCGAUAUGAGGGACUGGUUGACCGAACAGAAGGAAUUUAUCGAGGCAAUGCUCACGGAACUUCACGAACCCUGA